AUGGCAAGAUCGCCGCCAAAAUCGCCGCAGAGUAGAGCAUUCGAUGCUUUUACUGCAUCGAAUGUGACGGCGGUGUAUUCAAAAGAAGGCACACAGCUUGCUGAAGCAGCUCCACAAUUAGAUUUCCCACAACGAAUCGACGCUCCAGAGAGUAUCAAAACUCCCGCGAGAUGUUUCCCACAAACAAGAGAGGAGCGAAUCCAAAAAACGGUCUUCUCACCACAUGCUGCAGCACUGCGUACACUGAAGCAGCAGAUACGCAUGUCAUUUGACAAUGGAGCAGAUUUGGAGGCUAAGCUGAGCUGCUGCUCCUUAUCUAAGCUCAAAAAUAGUGGCAGGAAGGUAUCUUCGAGACUAAUCAAGGAAUACUCUAUGCUGGCCGAAUCAAGCAAGCGUGCAGGGCGGCACGAUGCUGAGUGCAUUGCUUAUCUAUGUCUCGGAAUCCUUUACGACAACAUUGAGGAUUACUCGAAGGCGAUUGAUUUUUAUCUACUAGUGCUUUCGAUCAGUGAAAGCACUAAAAAUAAACUGUUUAUGGGGCUUGCUACUAACUGUACUGGUGUCAACUAUCAGCUUCUCUCACUAGUAAAUGACUAUAGUUACACAGGUAAGUAUGUGAACGCGGAAAGUCGAUUGUUGCAGAACGCGCGUGUAUAUCAUCAAAAGCACCUAGAAGUGGCAGACGACGCCGGAAAGUUUGUGGCUCAUCUAAAUUUGGGUCUGACUCUUGGCUCCCUUGGCGAACCGAACGAGGCUGCUCGCCAUUACCAGGAAGCACUUCGUUUGGCUAUCCAAUUGAAUAGUGCGUAUGGUCAGAGUAUUGCUGUUGGCAACCUAGGGUUGCUAGCUAGUCGUCAAGAGGACCUAGAAACAGCAGCAGCGUGCAUGAAUCAGCAUUUACAACUCACUCAGUCUGUCAGUGAUCGCCCGGCAGAAAUAUUUGCGUGGAUCCAUCUUGGCCACCUUGCUGGCCGACAAUCUGACUUUAUUAGAGCGGAGCGGGCCUUUGAUCAGGCGUAUCGACUAGCUCAGGAAAUUGGUGAUGUCGGUACAGCAAAACAAUGUAGCUGUUACUUAGGAAUAGCUCGAGCGCGCCUUCACAUGCAAGAUUAUGUGCAUCAGCUUAGAAGCUCGCUACUGAUUAAAUAA